GUUGCUCUUAUGCCAAUUCAUACGUUUUCUCGUCGCUUGGCGCAAAAUUCCAAUGCCGUUUUGGGACCGAGCAAUGCAAACCGUUGGCUCGACGCUCUCAGUUUACGUUUUGGUCGCGUCGUCUACAGUUCGUCCACGUUCCGGGUUCCUGCUGCACUGCAUCGCAAUAAACGCCAGCGAUUGCAAAGCAUAAAAACCACAAGAAAAAAAACUAACUUUGACUGAGACUGUGUGUGCGAGUGUGUGUGUGUGUGUGUGUUUGUUUGUGUGCCUGUUCAAUUUUUAACUGAACGACAAUUCAAGGCAAUUAACAUUGCCAGGCAAUUUGUGAGCAAGUCACCAGCGGAAGUCGUCAACAAUUUGCGACGCCUUUAAGUCGCUUCCGUUAGCGUCUGCCCUCGACUGUGCGCCUUUAUAUCGGAGGAGAACCUUUGUUGGUUUGUCAUGAAGCGUUUGCGUUUGCCGCUUAUUGCCAGCGUUUGUCUGACGCUGGUGUUGAUGUCAUCCACUGUUGAGGCCAAGAAGAAGAAAUACGUUGGCGAAACUGGCGGUGAUUUUGAGUUUAUCGAUGAGAUAAACAAAAACACGCAGAAUAAGAAUGUGGGCGAGCACAAGCGCUGGAUACAUGAUCCUUCAAGUGACCUUUGCCGGCCCCUCAACUGUAAGAAGCGGGAAAUCUGCCUGCUGGAGGACGAGUUCAGCGCGGUUUGCGUGUCGAAGAAGGAGCUGCACAAGAAUCGUGAUGAGAUAAUCACCAAGGCCAAAUAUUUGGAGGAGGAAACCAAGCGCCGUGUCAAUCAGCAGGAUAACGAUAGCCAGGAUGUUGAGGACAUCAACAACGAUGACGAGGACAAUAGUAGCGAUGGCAGCAGCAGCAGCAGCAACAACAACAACAACAGCAAUAACAACGGUAAUGGCAACAACAACAACGCUCAGACUAAUGUCCAGGGCAAUGACGAUGAUGAGGAUAAGAGCCUCAGCCUAGGCGACGAUGAUGAGUCCAAAGAGGAUGACGUCUUCUAUGAAAACAACAUUGCCGUCAGCGAAAAGCAGCAGCAACAGCAACAACAACAACAACAACAGCAGCAGUUGCAGAAGCCCGCGGUUGCCCAACAGGACGAUGAUGAGGAACUGGACAACUGCAAGCCUUGUCCCGUGGCCAAGCCAACGUUCCUCUGCGGUGCCGACAACAGAACCUACUCAUCACUAUGCAGAUUGGAUUAUCACAAUUGCAUACAUGCGACAACCAUAAGGAUUGCCUGCAAAGGAUUCUGUCCCUGCAAGGAAAAUACCGAUGGCAAGCGAAUGCAGCGACUUGGCGAACGUGGUGGCUACAACAAAUACAACAAGAAGAUCAACCUCGACCAGCAGCAGCUGCAACAACAACAGCAACAGGCCUACAAGGACAGCAGCAACAACAACAUCAUGAUGAACAGCGGCAAUGUGAUGGGCAACAACAACAACGACUUCAAUACCAUCAUGAAUGAUAAGGAGGACAACAAUCGUCAUUUUAAUCACAUCAAUGCCCAAUACACGUUCACGCCCGAGGAGAUCAAAUAUGACAACAAGCACUACAAAUAUCUCAAGUAUACGGCCUAUAAGAAGGAUGGAAAAUAUCAGGAGGAUAAGCACAAGAUGCGUAACUACAAUGAGAAUGAAGUCGUUGAGAAGCAGCCACAGAAAUACAAUAAGAACAACAAUGCAAAUGGAUAUCCCUCAAAGUCGGCCGAGUGCAAGCCACAGCAGCUGACCGCAAUUGGAAAUCGCCUGCUUGACUGGUUCUCCGUCAUCAUGGCCGAUAGCAAGAAGCGUCGUCAGCAUAGCCAAAAAUCGAAGGCACAUUUCCCACCCGCCUGCAAAACUGAAGCCAAGUGGAUGUUCGGUCAUCUGGAUUUGAACAACGAUGGUCUGUUGUCGCUGCAGGAGAUGUACGAUCUGGAGCACGAUCAGAAUGAGCGUUGCAUUAAGCCAUUCAUUGACACCUGCGAUCUCGAUCAGGAUAGCUCGAUCAAUACACGGGAAUGGUGUCGCUGCUUCGAGAAGACUGAUCGUCCUUGUGCCGCGGUGCGCCGAAGAAUCGCUGGCGACUUUGCAGGUGAGAUAGGCGCCUACGCACCAGACUGCGACGUCCAAGGAUUCUACAAGCCCACACAAUGCCACAAUUCGGUGGGUGUCUGUUGGUGUGUGGACAAGCAUGGAGUUGAAUUCGCCAAUACACGCACACGUGGCAAGCCCAACUGCGAGUCCGUGGUGAACAACGCCGCCUCGCUAACAUCCGACGAUGAGGACGAGGGCGCCGAUGAUGAGGACAGCGCGGAAGGCAGCGCUGAUCAAAUGUUGGUAUUCUAA